CCUGUCCUGUCUGUGUCCACAGCUAGAAAACCUUUCCGCAAAACCAGUCCCAUGACCGGUGACGUCACCGGGACUACGGGCAGAGGUGACCUGGAUACACAGAGAGAGAAAGAGAGAUUCAGGAGAAAAACGAAUAAAGAGAGAUUGAUUGCGGGGAUUAACUGUUGGGUCUCUCGGGAUCAUUUCAGCGAGAAUGUCUGUGCUAUUCUGUUGCUGUGUCUCUCCUUCCGAAGACAAUGACGAGAGACAGCCUCUACUUCACACCAAGCCUUCAAAAUCAGCUAAGCCAGAGUCGGCCAGACAACCUCGAUCAGCACCCACAGUGAGACAGAGUGGUCGGUUGGUUCCAAAGCGUGUGGGUCUAAUAGACUUGGACCAGCGGUUCUCUGAUGUAGCCGUGACGUUCAACCAACAACAGGAGAGCUAUGAUGCCAUGAAGGAACGCAUCAUCUCUCUGCGACGCACCUACGACUGUAACAAUGACAGCAACCUGACUCUUACAGAGUGUGUGAGGAAGAUUAAAGAGGAGCACAAGGACAGUUGGUGUGUAACCAUGGUGAUGAAGGGGUAUGACUUCUCUCUCUCAGUGGUUCCGCUGAGGUCUGCGGUUGAGGGGGAGGAGUCUCCGCCUAGCCGCCUCCGAUUGGCUCAGGAGGAGCUCUGGGCGAUUUCCCAGGGCGCCAAAGUGAUAAGCGCCGCUGGGACCAAGCUCCAGGAGCUGAUAGGCUGGCUGCUAAGUGGGGCCGAGCGAAUGGCGGAGCAGGUCAGGGAGGCGGCACCAACCCAUCAGGACCGCUGUAGACUGGAGGAGAACCUGAUUGAGACCAUGCAGGAAGUGAGAAGGGCGAGGGAGCUUUCACUAAGUUACCGCCAGCGGGCUGGAGAGGUCCAAACUGAGGCUGCACAGGUAGCAGGACUGGACUGACACACACUGUGGAAAACCAGCUGUGGCUCCCCCAAAACGUAGCAGUUUCUGCAGCCCACUCAGACACUCUUCUGCCAUGUUACAUAGCCUGUUUAUACACUUAUGGUUGUGGCCAAUAGUUAGGCUACACUCUACGCCUAAUUGUCAUUGAGACCUAUAGGCCUAAGAUGGCCGCCAGCUGCAAGGUAAUUUAGAUAUUCAAUUUGGCACCGGCUGCCAUAUGUUACCGCAUCGAGAAUAUUGAAAUACUGCUAGUUUUUAAUUAAACUGCCUUUUUCGUCAGCACGCUAGGCUAGCUAAUGCUAAAGCAACCCAUUGGAUUCCACAACACUUCCGGAAGCUACUCAUCCCAAUGUUAGGCAUUGUAUUUUAAUGGAAAGCAAUGGGCUGCUUUAGCAUUAGCUAGCCUAGCAUGAGGAGGAAAAAGGCAGUCUACUUGAAAACCAGCAGUAUUGCUAUAUUCUCGAUUUGUCGUUUCUUGAUAUUGAGAUAAUUAGGAGUAAGCUACAACAUCUUCCAUCCCUGAAUUGAGGUACAUUUGCAUUCACCUUAUGAUAUCCAGUGGAACAACCACUUUACAAUAGUACAUCUAUAUCUUUU